AUGGAGUUCACCUUCGCGCACCUGUCUAUGGAAUAUAAAAUGUGCGUCAACGAACAAUACAUAAAGGAACAACACCCUCCAAUACAGAAGUUACAUAAGAUGCCAUCAGAGAAAAUCUCUAAGAUUUCAAAGCAAGAUGGAAAGUACAAGUCCUGCCCAGCUCAACAAUUUUGCCUAACGAUUGACUGCACGAUAUGCUUGACAAAUAUACUGAAUCCAGAAUGCUGGCCUUUAGCUGCCAUAAUUGGACUCGGUUAUAUUCCUGUACCUAUGCUGUACAAUAUUUCACGUGCCUGUUACAGUACUGUAGGACGUCCAGUUCAACUUCUUCUGAGAGCACUAUUCGGAAUUGGAUACCUUGCACUCUACAUCGCUGGUGCAAUUGCAGGCUCAAUCUUACGACUCUUUAAUCGUCGAAGAUAUAGAAAUGCUCGCCAUCCUCUACCUCUGCUCUUCAAGCCAUGCCUGCCAAAUCGUGAAUAUCUUCUCUCAUCACAUGAAGAGUUGCACAACCUCUUCCGGGAGGACUACCUGCGUCGUGGAUGUGGCAUCCGUCGUGAAGAUGAACACAUUCAAAAGAGAUGCAUGUUUCCGUUUGCAGAACACGAGACAACUGUUUUGGAGAUACGCUUGCAAUGGGAGAAGCUUCAUUUACUCUGUGACAAGUCAUCUAAUGGCUACACAAGAAAUGUGGAGCAAAGGGUCAUAGACAGCGAGCGCUCUGCCCACAUGGGCUCCUACAAAGGAAACAAAUGCGCUUGUCAACAGUACCAGUCUUUUAUCCGAACUCUCCCUGGGAAACAGUUACCCCGGAGUCACAGGCUGUCCAGAAUCCUGUGGAGGAAUAGGAUGCGAUUGCCUAUCGCUGAGGGCAGGAUAUAUAUGCAGUGCCUACUAAUAACGACAUUUGUUUUCCUGUGCCCACUGAAACUGCGAGUACAACUCAGAAGAGCAACAACAAAGGAGAUGACAUCCCAUGUCGCUGCUCUGCAACCCAAGUAUCCCAAUCGAAUUACCGGGCAUAAGGGGCAUAAGUCUGACACUGAGUGUCGUGGCGCUCCCACCUACCCUGGAUUGGAAAACAAUUUCAUCACGACUGGAAAUAUGACGGCAUUGUGGAGUGCUGGAAGAAGACCUACGGUGGAGUGCUCCUCGAAAGAACAUGCAGAGAACCUUCGCUGUACAAUAUCUCAAUCGAACUACCGGGCAUGGUGGAAAGAACGAGUAAAACUGCGAGUACAACUCAGAAGAGUAACAACAAAGGAGAUGACAUCCUAUGUCGUUGCUCUGCAACCCAAUAUCCCAAUCAAACUACCGGGCAUAAGGGGCAUAAGGUGCAUAAGUCUGAUGCUGAGUGUCUUGGCUCUGCCACCUUUACCUGGAUUGGAAAACAAUUUCAUCACGACUGGAAAUAUGACGGCAUUGUGGAGUGCUGGUAGAAGACCUACGGUGGACUGCUCCUCGAAAGCACCAGAGAACCUUCGCUGCACAACGCAUAACACAAUUGUUUGCCGAUGUGAGGACUAUAAUAUCUCGGAGGACUUUCGGAGUAUUGAGAAAAACCUCCCGAUCACGCUUCCGUCACUGGGACUAAUCCGCCAUCCUGCACACAGUGCACUGGCAGAUGUUGAAAACUGUGUCUCAGUCGAACUAAUUCUGAACACUAAGGAAAUCGUAACGGAUAGCGUUGUGGACGUCAUCAACGAAAGAUGCACAGUAACGGACACGCAGAUAGUCGGAUGCUACGGGUGCAAAAGAGGAGCAGUCGCGGAGAUAGUGUGCAUGUCUUCAGCAGAACCCGUCACUGCAGAAAUAGAGUGCGACUCCGAUACUUUCACUGUGCACUGUUCCCCUUCAGGCGAAGAUCAUGGAGCAUACGAAACGUAUGAAUCUCCCAAAGGAGGACGAAGGCAUGAAGAACGACGAUUGAUCGAAGAACUGAAAUUCAAACGGUCUUGUGUUAGGCUGCCCCACACAGCCAACAGAACACGAUGUUCGACGGAAAAUUCGUCACUUCGUCAGAGAAAUCCUUCGCGCUACCAAGACCAAACUUGCAGGACGAGUUCACAAAGUUGCAGGGAGACCGUCCAGGUCACUACGCGAGGGGGGAAGCCACCCUCUACAAAGGAUUGGUGGAAAAUGUUUGGCUAA